AUGUCCUCAACAAGAUACACAGAUCGCCCCAUUCCGCAAAUAUCCCUCCUCGACUUCGAAUCCCGCAUCGAUGAAAUUACAACACAACUAAUCCACGCCGCCGAAAACGUCGGCUUCUUCACCGUCAUCGACCAUGGCCUCUCCGCCGCCGACAUCGAAAACAUGUUCUCCAACUCCCAGCACUUUUUUGAGCUCUCCGACGAUGUGAAAGCCACCGUCCCCUGGAGCUCCAAAAACGUCGGAUGGGAGAAAAACGCCCAAGUGCGGCCCUCGACGGGUAUGCCCGACACAAAGGAGUCGUAUCAACUGCAGUUUGGCGAGAAUAUGGAUGGUGUCUGGGUUGAUGAGAGCCAUCUCCCUGGGUUCAAAGCUACGUCGCUAGAGUUUAUGACUCGCGUGCAGGGGAUAUCGGAGAAAUUGAUGCGUUGUUUUGCGCGCGGAUUAGGCUUUCCCGAAGAUUUUUUCAUCAAAGCGCAUGACGUCUCGCGACCGAAUUCGCAGACUGUGUGUCGGUUGCUACACUACUUUGCACUACCCGAAGAAUCAGACGGCAAAGUGUACCACCGUGCUGGCGCUCACGCAGACUGGGACUUUUUAACGCUUCUCUUCCAAAAAGCCGGCCAGAGCGGUCUCGAGAUCUGCCCCGGCCGCGAAGUCGUCACCGAGUUCGGCAUAGGGGAUGUAUGGACCAAAAUCGAGCCCAAAACGGGCGAGAUUGUCUGCAACAUUGGCGAUUUGUUGAUGUCUUGGUCGGAUGAUCGAUUCAAGUCUACUUUUCAUAGGGUGAAGGCGCCCAGUGAGAAGGGUGAUUAUUACGGUGACCGAUACAGCAUUGCAUUCUUCAAUCAGCCGUGCUCGGAUACGACGAUUCAGGGUCCCCUCAAAAAAUAUCCUAUGGUGACAGGGCAGGAGUUUACAGCAAAUGCGAUGAAGAGGAAUUUUGCGGCGUUGCAGGAGAAGUUGAAGUCUAUCGAGACUGCUGCUUGA